AUCCUAAUCUGAGACUGGCCUGUGACUAAAAACUCAAUGAAUUGUCUUUAGAUGUGAGAGGGUCUGAGACUGUAGUUUUUCAAAAAUCUUUUCCAAAUCUUUGCAAAGUCUGGCAAUGUAAGGUAGGCUUAAGUUGCAGAACUUUCUAGUAACGUUAGCUAAGUUACAAAUAGCAACGGGACUGGUGCUGUCCUCACUAAAAAGAGUUGAAACUGAAACUUAACACCUCCUGGAGCUAAGGGGACCGGCGAGAGUAUCAUCUUGGAUUUUGAACCACCACGCGCUUAAGGGGCAUUCAUUCUUUACAUCCUUUCAAGAUAUAUUUCUCUGCUGAGAUUAUAUAAUAUAUCCGAUUUAGUAGUGAAAUUAACAUUCGCUAAUGUCAUAGGGCGAAGAGGGCCUAUUACCGCAGUGUUUAGCUUGCUAGUCACAGUUCGUACAGUGUCGUACAAUUUAAGUACAGUGAGGUAGUGAAACCUAGCACACUGGGACGUUAGCAAGCUACGUUGUCAAGCUACCUUUCCUCAUAACAUAACGUUACAUUGACAAUCUGCUCGACCAGCAAAUAUUCAAGACUAGGCAGGCAUGCCUUCUAAGCGGCGUUCACAGUCAUGGUCUGAAGUGAAGCAGACGGGCAACGAAUGUUUUAAAAAUGGCCAGUACGGAGAUGCUGCAUCCCUUUACAGCCAAGCUAUUCAGCUAUUGGAGAAAGCCGGUACCAACCAACAGGAUCUCAGCAUCCUUUAUUCAAACCGAGCAGCCAGUUAUUUAAAAGAUGGUAACUGUGAACAGUGUGUGAAGGAUUGUACAGUAUCUCUUGACUUGGUUCCUUACGGUAUGAAGUCUCUGUUGCGUCGAGCUGCAGCCUAUGAAGCCCUGGAAAGAUACAGAUUGGCAUAUGUGGACUACAAAACAGUCUUACAGAUAGACUGUAACGUCCCAUCAGCCCAUGAUGGAACAAACAGAAUGACAAAGGUUCUAACCGAAAUGGAUGGUCCGUCUUGGCGAGAGAAGCUCCCUCCUAUCCCAAUGGUGCCGAUGGCAGUUAAAGAGAAGCUUUUACAAUCGACAGCCCCAGCCUCAGCCCCAGCCUCAGCCCCAGCCCCAGCCUCAGCCCCAGCCCCAGCCCAAAACGCUCAACAAAAUGGUGUCAAAGAAAAAGCCAAGCCAGUUGUUAGCGAUGCGGCGAAGAAAAAAGGCAGGACUUUAAAAGAAGAGGGUAAUGCGCUGGUGAAGAAAGGAGACCAUAAGAAGGCGGUGGAGAAGUACACCCAGAGUCUCAAACAGGACCCUACAGAAAUCACAACUUACACUAACAGGGCGCUGUGUUACAACGCUUUGAAGAAGUACAAAGAAGCAGUGAAAGAUUGCUCUGAGGCUUUGGGACUGGAUGCAGCCAAUAUUAAAGCUCUAUACAGGCGUGCACAGGCAAACAAGGAGCUGAAGGAGAACAAAGCAUGCAUUGAGGAUCUGAACAGCCUGCUUAAAAUUGAGCCUCAGAACACCGCUGCACAGAAAUUAUUGAUUGAUGUGCAGAAGACUAAGUGAUGUUGUGGCGUAAUGGUCAGAAACAAGAAACAACAAGGGACCCUACCCCAACCUGCUGUUCAUGUUCCAAGUGCCUACGAGACAGCCUAAGCUUGAGUUCUCCUCAUAUUUAUCUAACUUCAAACUUUUCAUCACGCACGUUUCCUCACAGGUGUGCUCAGUGUCCGUUGAUCUCUCCUCUGCUUUCAAGUUGUGCAUGACAUAGGAACCAAAUGUGGUGAAUAGAUAUUUUAAAUGUUUAUGUAAAUGUUUGAAGGUGGUGAAUCUGCGUCACUCUGAAAAUGUUUUCUUUUUGUUGGGUCAAAUAUUACCUACAUGUUUUCCUUCGUAGAUCCACUGGUGCUGUUUUCAAAUGCAGAAUGCAAAUACAGCGGCGUGUAGUAUAGGUAAUCAUUGUAACGGACAUAGUUGUUAAAUUAUAAUUAACAAUUAUAAUAGUUAGUUGGUUAAGCCUUUUAGAAUCAGUCAUAAACAAUCUCCUGUAUAACAUGGACACAAAAUAAUACCGUCAUAACUUUAUAUUGGCUUACACCAUAUCAUAACAAUCAUAGGUUGUUCAGCAUAUACAGUACAUCAUGCAACAUUUGUUUUAUUCAUACAAGGCACAAUGAGGUCAGUUGUUAGCGGAUCAAUAUUGGUAUUGUUAUAUCGAUGUUUUUGUAAUGACUACUUGCCGAAUUAAAAAUUAUGUCUGGCGUCUGUAUUCAGCGACUAAAAUGUCAGUACUCGAGCCGUGUUAACUGAUUAAGAAACUUCCAGAGAUUCAUCUACCUGCCAAUUAAUUUGCUUCUGCACAGAACAUUGCAGGCAGGUAGAGGACUUGCGAAUUGUGUAAGUCUGCCAUAAAUGUGCAAGAGACAUAACGUACAGGGUUUUAAGAAAAGCUUCAGUUAGCUAGUAAUAAUUGCAUUUAGGGCUUCUCAAAUUAAACUUACCUUUUGUAAUAGCUCAGAGUUAACUGUAGGGCAUUGUUGCAUUCGCUGACAGCCUUAAAAUGUUCAUCACUCAGGUCUCACUUGCUUGAAGCAAGACAUAUUUAACUUCAUGUUUACAUUAUUGAACAUGCUGCAUAUCCAAGUGAAGUCACUAUAUAACUAUAUAUUCACUAUAUAGUCACUCUCUUGUGUGGUUUGAUUCAGUCUAAUUAUGAAACUUCACAGAAUGUGUAUUAUCUCUACAACUGAAGAAUGAGUUGUGAAUCUUUGUGAGAAAGUUCAGCACUGACCCACUUUGGUGUUAUUGUCCAAUUAAAACAAAAUUCAUGAUAAA